CAUUGCAUGUUACCUGUAUUCCCCCACCCCAAACACUCACGCUUUUCCGUCGCUCGUUUUAUUCCCCGUCGCCUGAAAACAGAAACCCGCAGCUUCCCCAGCAACACGUCGCCUAGUAACGUCGCAUCCUGCCUUAUGUCGUGCGUCCGUGGUCUCUGCACCCCCUUGAGCUCUUUGCGGCUCUCUGCUGUAAAGUCUUACAACUCGCCUCGCCUGCCAGCGAGAAUUGCUGCUCAUCCCUUCCGCCAGACUCACGGUCACGCGACCUACUAGCCAUUAAGCCUUAAUAAUUCCGGCUAUUGCGGAGCUCCUUCUCGGCGAAACCACCAGCUUUUGACCAUUUUACGGGUCGCCGUGUGAGCUUUGCGACUCCCAAGUCGCUUCGGAGCAAUUAUUCCCCUUUGAGAAGAGGACAAGAGGACAGGAGUAGGAGCGUCAAACCGGCCAGGGUUCGAGUUUCAAGUUAAAGCUUGUCGUUCUCGGCACGUACCAUUCACGCCAAGGCUGAAUUACUCUGCAUAUCAAGUUUUCAACUCCGUUGAUAACGGUAAUGAUUUCUGGCUCGCCUAGCAAAACCACUCCUCACGAAGCACGGGCAGCGGCAACGGCGGCACCACCAGAAGCAGUAAGCGCGGGAGGGGCGGCAGCGGCGGUGGCGGCCGCGGCUUCCGCCGUCACUUCCUUGAGCGCCAGCGUUUCCGACACUUCCGCCGCAUCUACCGCCGCUAUUUCCUCCCCGUAUGGUACGUUAGAGGAGCCUCAUAGUAGCCGAACCGCUUCCCCGUGCGCGGCGUGCAAGUUUCUCCGGCGUAGAUGCACGGCGGAGUGCGUCUUCGCGCCGUAUUUCCCGCCGGACCAGCCGAGCCGGUUCGCGAAUGUUCACCGAGUGUUCGGCGCCAGCAACGUGACGCGGAUUCUGGCGGAACUUCCGCCGGAGCAGCGCGCCGAUGCGGCGAAUAGCAUGGCGUACGAGGCGGAGGCGCGGAUGCACGACCCGGUUUACGGCUGCGUGAGCGCGAUCUCGUUACUCCAGCAUCACGUGGUUCACCUGCAAACGGAGCUGCUUGUAGCGCAGCAGGAGCUCGCGGGGCUGCAACGCGCGCUGGAAGCCUCCGCACAGGCGCAGGCGGAAGCAACGCAAGCUGCGCAGGCGGAAGUAGCACAGGCGCAUGCAACACAGGCGCAGGCGCUUCACCUCUCCGCCGCCGCUAUCGCUGCUGCUGCCCCUGCGCCAGCGCAGACACGUGGAUCAGCCCCCUCCGCCACUUCGCCUCCCGCCAUUCCCCCCUCCUCCUAUCCUAACUCCGCUUUCCCCAGUGCCCACGCUACCGUCCCUGCUGCUCCCCCCGCUGCUGCUAACUUUUCUGUAGCGUGCGCGCCUCAAACAGCAGCAGCAGCAGCAGCAGCUGCUGCUCCGGAUGCCCAGCGUUCCGCCGUGGCUUCUGUUCCGCCAGCGUUGCUCCCAUCCGUUCUCCCGGCGUUGGUGCCAGAAACGGCGGCAGGCGCAGUGGGGGGAGGUUCUGCUGUGGCGCUAAUGCAGGCUUCGUUUGAGGCACAACAACCAGUUGGUGCUGCAGUUGUAACCCCGUUACAAGCUGCCCCUGUGGCUGUAUUGCAACCCGCUCCUGUUUCUGUGCUAUAACCACUUGUCUCUGCUACAGUGUGCUACUGACCACCCCUGCCCCUGUGCUACUGCCAGCUGUUGCGCUGCCAUAGGCAUCUGCAGCACCGCCAGCUGCUUUGAUAUGGCAAGAGGAGUCGUUUUAACGUGAUGUGCAAGAAAAGAUAUUCCCCUCUGUAAGGUAGGCUGGGCAGAAUUCAGUUGCUUGCUUUCAAGCAUGGAACAUCUAGGCCAGCAGGAAGCUGUAGCGCAUGCACCUAGGUAAAGAUUCAUAUAGAUAUGUGUGAUAGAAUGGGUAGCUGUUCCUUAGUCCAUUGCAAUUGAUACGAACAAUUACAGCAAUAUAUGUACGGUAACUUC